AUGGGAAAUGCAAUUUUCCAAUGUUGCAAACGAGAAUCAAGUGCAUCAGUGAAGUUAAUAUUCCAAGGCGGCGCCACCAGAAUUCUUACAGAAAAACUCGUCGCCGGCGAGGUUAUGUUCGAGUUCCCGGAUCAUAUGGUAUGCCAUGCAGACUCAUUCUUCAUAGGCCAACCAAUUCCUGCACUGGCCAUUGAUGAUGAGCUCAUUAAAGCUCAAAUAUACUUUGUUCUUCCCAUUGAUUACUUCCCAUCUAACGUUCUUACAGCUUCUACUCUAGCCGCCUUAGGAAAUCGGCCAAAGAGCGCUGCUGUGAGUUUCAAGGGGUGCCCUUUUGAGCACUUGAAGGGAUCAGACGGUAGGGUUUCGAUCAGGGUUUUGCCGGAAUUUUUUAUCAAACUGUUUACAGAAGGUAAUGAAAAUGAAGGUGAAGAUUCCGAUAGUCCCGCCGGUGGUAGUUUUCUGUGCAGCACGCCGGAGUUGCAGAAGCAUUAUAAUCAAUUGGUGGGGUCUAAGGAUCAAGUUUGGUCACCAAAACUCGAGACCAUUUCGGAGUAUAAAAUUAAGUACUCGCCUUGCAGAUUCAUAGGGUUGGAAUGGAAGCAAAAGGAGGCAGAGAGUGAUUACUUUAUCGACCUCCGUUCAAACUUCUUGAUCUUCCGGUGUGGCAACGAGCUUGCGCUUUUUGGGUUUUCUCAGCAGAGAUUAAGGACAGCUUGUUUCAUAAAUAUAUUAACUUUUGGAUUAUAUAGAUUUUUGAAUGACUCUGUUGGUGAAUAUAUAACAGAAAACUCAAUUAAGUUCUACAUUACAACAUACAGUUAA